GAUCAAUAAUAUUGAAAACAAAAUUUAAACGAAUAUCAGCCUAUUAGAUGGUAUAUUAUUGAUAUGUAAAGCUUGGAAAAAAGUAUCAGAGAUUACAAUUCAAAAUUGUUUUCGUUACGUUGGUUUCAAUAAUGCAAUGCCAUAACAAGCGGUCUAAGAAGAAAAAGAAGAUAAUGAAGUGUGCUAACUACAGAACUAUUAAGUUAAGUGAUCAAGAAUUUAUUUCUUUAUUGAUUAACCAAUCCGAAGGAUCCGAGGAAGACGAUAAUAGUGAAGAAGCUAAUACUCCCGAUGAAGAUUUAUCUAUCAGUGUAGUUUUCAAUGUAGCAGAAAUAUUAGCAAACUAUAUGAUUCUAAUUAAUAAAAGUGCAAAAACAAAUUUUGAAGAACUAGAAAAAAAAAUAGAGUAUGAUUUUUAUACAAACUAA